UCGCUCUCUCUCUCUCUCGCUCCACUGCCGGUGGCUCGUGUGUGGUUGCGCGCUCCCAGCUGGACCUGUGAAAGGUUGUUAACCGAUUAACGACGCCGAGGAUUGAUAAUGUCUUACCCCAACGACGACGACGACUAUGAUCCUUACAACUAUACCAGCGACUACGAUCUUCACACUGGUGAUCCUAAAGCAGAUCUGGCUUAUGAGCGCCAGUAUGAGCACCAGCAAACGUAUCACGUGAUCCCAGAAGUGAUCAAGAACUUCCUGCAGUAUUUCCAUAAGACCAUCUCAGACCUGAUCGACCAGAAGGUCUAUGAGCUGCAAGCCAACCGGGUCUCUAGUGAGAGCAUCGAACAGAAGAUCUAUGAGAUUCAGGAUGUCUAUGAAAACAGCUGGAACAAAUUGACUGACCGUUUCUUCAAGACGUCUCCGUGGCCGGAGGCAGAAGCCAUCGCGACCUUGGUGGGAAACGACGCUGUUUUCUUGAUCCUGUACAAGGAGCUCUACUACCGCCACAUAUAUGCCAAAGUCAGCGGAGGACCAACAUUGGAGCAGAGAUUUGAAUCCUACUACAAUUACUGCAACCUUUUCAACUACAUCCUCAAUGCCGAUGGCCCUGCCCCCCUAGAGCUUCCUAACCAGUGGCUGUGGGACAUCAUUGAUGAAUUCAUCUACCAGUUCCAGUCAUUUAGUCAGUACCGGUGCAAGACGGCCAAGAAGUCCGAGGAGGAGAUCGAAUUCCUGAGGAGUAACCCGAAGAUCUGGAAUGUCCACAGUGUCCUGAAUGUGCUUCACUCUCUGGUGGACAAGAGCAACAUCAACCGACAGCUGGAGGUUUACACCAGCGGAGGGGACCCUGAGAGCGUGGCUGGGGAGUACGGCCGUCACUCCCUGUAUAAGAUGUUGGGCUACUUCAGCCUGGUGGGUCUGCUGAGGCUGCACUCUCUGCUGGGGGACUACUACCAAGCCAUCAAAGUUCUGGAGAACAUCGAACUCAACAAGAAGAGCAUGUAUUCCCGUGUGCCGGAGUGUCAGAUUUCCACGUACUACUACGUCGGCUUCGCCUACCUGAUGAUGCGCCGUUACCAGGAUGCGAUCCGCGUCUUUGCCAACAUCCUGCUCUACAUCCAGAGGACCAGGAACAUGUUCCAGAGGUCCACCUACAAAUACGAGAUGAUUAACAAGCAGAAUGAGCAGAUGCACGGGCUGCUGGCCAUUGCGCUCACCAUGUACCCCAUGCGCAUCGACGAGAGCAUCCACACACAACUCCGCGAGAAAUACGGAGACAAGAUGCUGCGCAUGCAGAAGGGAGACCUCCAGGUGUUCGAGGAGCUGUUCAGCUUUGCCUGCCCCAAGUUCCUCUCCCCCGUCGUGCCGAACUACGACAAUGUACACCCCAACUACCACAAAGAGCCGUUCCAGCAGCAGCUCAAAGUGUUCGCCGAGGAGGUGCAGCAGCAGGCACAACUCUCCACCAUCCGCAGCUUCUUGAAGCUCUACACCACCAUGCCCGUUGCCAAGCUGGCCGGCUUCCUGGACAUGUCUGAGCAGGAGUUCCGCAUCCAGCUCCUCGUUUUCAAGCACAAGAUGAAGAACCUGGUGUGGACCAGUGGCAUCUCCGCCCUGGACGGAGAGUUCCAGUCAGCCUCCGAGGUCGACUUCUACAUCGACAAGGACAUGAUCCACAUUGCUGACACCAAAGUAGCCCGUCGCUACGGAGACUUCUUUAUACGACAGAUCCACAAGUUUGAGGAGCUCAACCGAACCCUGAAGAAGAUGUCGUCCACGUCAAGCACGUCUGGCUCCAGCGGCAAUGCGUCGAGGGCCACAUAGCCCCUCCCCCAGACCCACCCCUACCAGGCUCCACUCUCCUAACACUCAGAGCGCCCCAAAGGCUCAUGGCGGUGUGGUGACCAUCAAUAUGGAUAGUAGUCCUGAAUGCUCCACCACGGCCUGAUGGUCUCCACCCUGCUCACCGCUGGGGGCCCGGGCGGAGGUGGUAUGGCAGUGCACUGCUGAUCCAUGCACUUCCCCUGGAUGCAGCCAGACUGUGUGGAUUCAUUCUCUACCACUAACAUGGUCCUUUACCAGAUGGGGCCAUUCCAUCUUAUUUGGAACUGUUUUCAUGUCGGUCAAAGAAUAAAGCUGAAGUGGUAAACGUAA